UGCGAGGGGCGUCGUUGCGUCCCGGCCCGACUCACAUCGCCUUCCAGGCUCAUGGUCGCCUCCUCGACGCCCUGGCGGCACUGCGUGUCCGGCCGGUCUUUGCGGCGCCCUCUGCGAGCUUCGCGGGCGAGAUAAGGGGCGCUGUCCAUUCGCUUUGCUCUACUCUCACUCCCCGCUCGCGUUCCCCCUACUGUCACUUUACUGUCCCCUGUUAUUACUGCUUUCCUUUUCAUAUUUGUUUUUUUUUUCAGUAUGUUUGUGGCUGAAAGCGCCGGCGCUACGUGAUGUGGGUUUCGUUAUGUGUAUAAAUAUGACUGUGUGUGAGAGAGAGCGCCCAGCGUUUUGUAUGGGGUAUGAGAGCCACGGGUUUUGAUAUGUUUGUACGUAUGUAUACAUGUGUGCGCCACAGGGUGCGUGUUUGUGCGCGAGCGAGCCAUAGGUUUCGUUAUAUAUGUGCGGGCGAGGCGCGGGUUUUGUUACAUGUGCCUGGCGCUCUGGCCCUGUGCGUUGUGGGUUUGCCUGUUCCUGCUCUGUGCGACUCCUUGUACGCGCUCAGUUAUGGGGGAUUUCCUUUGCUGCAUGGAUUGUAGGAUCAGAUGGCCUCGGUUCCCUGGGAUCUGUAUCGCUUCCCUCCAUUUUUAGCCAAGGGGGCUUUCUAAAGUGUGUUGUAAUGUGUUGUUGAUUUUCCUGUUUGUUGCCUUUAACCGUUCAUCCGAAAGCUGAUCAAUGCAUUUUAUGUGGGUUCAGAAACAAAACGUCUCUGUUAUGGGUAUGCCGCCAACUCGGGUCCAUUAAAAGAGUGACACUCGGAUGAUAAAUCCAUUAAGCAUCUUUUGCAUUCUGGGGGUGGCACAUUGGUCUCAUACCUCCAGCACUGGGGGUGUGAUUCACAUCUCUGGUUUCAUUUGCAAGCAUUUCCCCCAAGUAAUCUAGUAUCCUCUCCUUGUUUAAAAAAAUGCAGUAGGAUGAAUUUGUGACACUCAUUUCUCCUGUGUGUGUGUGAGCAUUAGUCAGCAAAUAGCAUAGUGCUCGAGAAAGUGUUCUCAUAUGCAUUCUGAUGAGGAGGAGCCCUUGUCUUUGUUUACUGGACCUUCCUUUCUUUUACAUCUGUUGUAUAGUGCUGACAAAAGUAUUGCUUAAUUUGCUAUAUUUGUUUAUUUUAUUGCUCAGUGCAGUCAGUAACCAUAAUAUUUCUGAUCCGAACUCAAAGCAUUUUUUUUUAUUUUGUAAGGUGAAAUGUUAAUUGCUUCAUUUGUGCAUGUGCCACAUUACUUGCUCCAUUGUGCCUCAUUGAUAUUUUUAUAAAAAUAAAGGGAAGUGUGAGCUGUUUGGGGAGUGAGAGGCCUUCCUGUUGAGCUGCUCCUUCACACAUGUUGACAUUGAUGCACUAGCUUGCCUGUGACUGGAUGUGCAGGUCUAUUAUGAGGGUCUGGAGUUUGUAUCAUGUAAGGAGGUCAGUGAGGUGCAGUGUGCAUUAGCGGGGCCAUUUGUUAUAGAGGUGUGUCUCCUCGGGUUGUUGCUGUGAGCUGGAUGUGUCCUUGAAGACUGUGACUUCUGUGUUGUUCAGCUGAUUUGAUUGUAUAAUGGAGCGUAUUUGUGUUCUGCAAAAAUAGCCAAUGCUUAGCCCCUAUUCUGCUUACAGGGUUAGUUUUGGUGUUAACGAUGUUAUAGAAUAGCCAGGUGAGUGCCAGUGCUGUUAAUGUUUAACCUGAGCAUCAUUACCACAAGUCGGCUGCUUCAUGUCCUUUGUGUUCCUAAGUAUGCGUUUUGGGAGGGUUUGCUGCUGGGCAUCGCUGUUAAGGCUUUACCUUUCUCACCUAAUCAGUGCUGGGUCUCUGCCAAACCAUAUCUUAUUAUGUGCCUAAUGUGGUAGUGUUGUACUUGUUCGUGUUAUGUAUGAUCCCAUCAGAAUUUGGACCUGUGUGCACAAAUGGUGAUCACUUGUUUAUUCUUUAAUUUCAGAACCUAGCAUAUACUCUCAGUAAGUCAAACCUACCAUUAAGGAUUGCCCUGUAUACCUGCAUUCUGUCCUGCUCAAUAAUUCAACAAAGAAUGGCCAAUCAGCCACCCAACUUGUCUGCCCGUGUCCUGAACGACACCCCACAGCAAACCUUGUCCGUCUGUCACAGCACCUUUUAUGGUCUCAAACCUUCCCUAAACUAUCCUGUACUCUUCUGUUGAGGUGAUGCAGUGUUGCUUUUGGCCUUGAGCUUCACAGAAACUGUUUUGUGGCCUUAACACAGUACUCCACCGAUGUGUGAGUGCAGUGUUAAGCACAGCUGUGCCCCAUCCCCAAGGCUCCUCUCAAGUUUCUGCCUCUGCCUGGCAGUGCCACUCCUUCUGCCUCACUGCUGGACACCCAAUGCACAUUAGCAGUGUGCGGUGGCUCCAGCCUACGUGUGUCUGACUGCAAAGGGCACAGGGCAGCCAGUCUGCUCCCCAGAGCCCCCUGAUUGUUACCGUUCCACAUUUUCAAAGCAGGGGAAUGUGGCUCCCAGCUGCCCUCACUCUUUCAUGGAGGAUGGCCCCGGUUUGCAGCCCGGAUACUCCCUGCGCACCGGGUCUCUAUGCGACAGCCCGUUGCCUGGUUCAGUUUUAUGGGGGUUUCGGAAAUGGGUCAUAUAGUUCUCCAUUUGCCAAAGUCCACUCUGUGUUUUCCCCGCUGUAUGGCCUGAUUCUGCCACAGAUUCAGCAUGUAACCCACACUGAAUUAGCACCAUUAGUUUUGUCUCGCACUGACUUUGCUAGUGACUGAAUGUGAACAUGUCAGGCGAAUGAGCCUCUUAAGUUUGAUCUUUUACACCCUAUGUGAAGGGGCCACAUAGGGGCAUCAGGGAGCAUUCAAAUUCCUUGCUGGGAACAGGAUGAGGGGUUUCAUGUUUUUCUGGCUGUUCUGUGCUGGGUCCUCAUUUACGAGCUGUGGGGUGACGAUACCUUGCUGAAGCUGUGUUAUCGGUGUCCUCAAACACGGCCUGUCAGCACUCUUUUUAGCAGGAUCUUUAAUUCGGCGUCAGCCUGACCGACACUCGUCACAGGGGCUGAUCCUGCUGUUUGUCUGCUUGUGUGAUGAAUGUAACACAUUCAGGACUAUUUUAGUAUAAUCCCAGGUUUGAAGAAUCUUCCUGAGGGGGAGUGUUCACCUUGCCAUCAAGUAGUGCAGUCUAGAACAUUCUGUGGGUGUUAUUUGCAUGGAUGAAGCAGUGGUUCAGAAAGUUCAGUUCCCACACUUCAGAAAACCCAAUGUUAGCUCUGCGCUCAUUAAUGUGCCCAGAAUGCCUGAUAUGUUAAGGGAUUCUUUAUUUGUUUAUUCAUUAAUAAUACAUAUUGCACAGACUAGUUUCUGGGUAGUUGAUUCUGUUAUACGGUGUUUUUCUACCAACAUCCUUGCCACUGGACGUUCAUUCUGCAAGGGAGAAUCUGUCUUCUGACCCCUGACUGGUGGGAUCCUGCACUCCAUCACUGCCCUCUGCUCCUCUCUCCAUCCCUCUCUCCUUUUCUCUCUCUCUCUCUCUCUCUCUCUCUCUCUCUCUCUCUCUCUCUCUGCCCGUGUACAGCCAUGGCCGCCAACAAGCCAAAGGGACAGAACUCGCUGGCCCUGCACAAGGUCAUCAUGGUGGGCAGUGGCGGCGUGGGCAAGUCCGCGCUCACCCUGCAGUUCAUGUAUGACGAGUUUGUGGAGGACUAUGAGCCAACCAAAGCCGACAGCUACAGGAAGAAGGUGGUCCUCGACGGUGAGGAGGUCCAGAUCGACAUCUUGGACACGGCAGGGCAGGAAGACUACGCCGCCAUCCGGGACAACUACUUCCGCAGCGGAGAGGGAUUCCUCUGUGUGUUCUCCAUCACGGAGCUGGAGUCCUUCACCGCCACCGCGGAUUUCAGAGAGCAGAUCCUGCGGGUGAAGGAGGACGAGAACGUGCCCUUCCUGCUGGUCGGGAACAAGUCUGACCUGGAGGACCGUCGGCAGGUGGGCGUGGAGGAAGCGAAGGCGCGUGCCGAGCAGUGGGGAGUCAGUUACGUGGAGACUUCUGCCAAAACCCGCGCCAAUGUGGACAAGGUGUUCUUUGACCUGAUGCGUGAGAUUCGGGCAAGAAAGAUGGAGGACAGCAAGGAGAAAAAUGGAAAAAAGAAGAGAAAAAGCCUGGCCAAUCGGAUUCGAGAGCGAUGCUGCAUUUUAUAAUGGCUGCUGGCCUCUUCCACAGCCCUCUGUUAACGACUCCUCCUCUUUGUGUUGGUUCCCCUCGGCUCCCUCUGAACAGCUCAGGCUGUGAGAGGUCGUUUCCUCUUGUGUCUCUGGGAUGGGGGUAAGUUUGGGAGCGAGAGAUGCGUAGCGCUUUAGGAGCUAAGGGGGGGUGGUGAACAGCUGGAUGGGGUAGAUAGUGAAAGGACUAUUCUCGCUGUAUAACUUGUAUAUAUCUGGUGCCAUAAGCACAGUGAUCACAGCAGUUCUGUUUUUUUUUUUUUUUUUUUUUUUUAAAUCAUUUAGAGCAGCCCUUAUUCCCCUGUGGAGAGUUUUAUAUACAUGCUUAAAGCUACAGGCGGCCCACCGGUCAGGCUCCGCUUCAUGUUGCUGGUGCAUCGCGUCCCUCUUAGUUCCACUACAUUUCCCAUGAGGCCUAGCGACAGGACUCCUGAACUGGGGCUCACGAGGCCAGCAUGGCGAGAGGCGGAGGUGAAAACCGUCCUCCCAGCUCGGAGGCCGGCUACCUGCCUGCCACCGCUGCGUUUCUGAGCCCUGCCGUGCACUGUGAGCGUGUCUGACCUGAGGGAAGCUACUGCAAGCUCCUGGAAUUAGUCAUGUGACCUGCUACGCCCGGCGGUGGGAGGCGGCUGUGCUGUAUCACCUGGUUUCCUUCACAGCUGCUGUGUUUCGUCGCAUGUGGGUACAUAUAAGUGCUCCGGUCCAGUCCGGUCUGGUUCCGCGUCUGUCCCGUUUGCCUUCAUGUUAAACGGCACCUUCCUGCCUCUUGCCAUGUUGGGCUAGAGUGCAGGAAUCGGGGCCUGGCCGUAAGCACAACUGCUGGGUGGUGAGAGGGGAAGGAGGUCACCUACCUAGGCCACCUGUGCUCUGUGCUUGUUAAGCGUGUGUCACUAAUAGUCUUUUUCUGUAUGGUUAGCUAAUGACACUCAGUAAUGUUUAAUCUGAAAUGUAGUGACGGCACCCCUGUGCUUGUGGGUGGGUGCGUAGCUCUGUAAGUAUGCUUUGCCUUAUUGACAUCUCCGUUCUUUAGCAGAUGCAUUGCGUGGCACUUGCUGCAAGCAUCGCACUUGUCAUUUCAUUCACAAUGUCAUUUCAGAAAUGAAUGCCAUUAUUUAAAGAUUGCGCUUGUUUUACCAGUCUUUUCUGUACCUACUGGUGGAUUACUUUCCAAAGGACAUUUCAUAACCCCCAAAACAAGUUCAUAGGAAGACAGUGCAGACAGUGGGACCAAUAUGUUGAAUUGGAAACCUGGGUGAAUCUCUGCACUGUGGCCCCUGACUUCCUGAAGCAUUUUAAGGGGCUGGAGCUCUGUGUUCCAUGUGAGCUAAUGAUGACAAAGGGCUGGGGAUUCCUCCUGCUACUUUCAGCUCAGCGUUUCUUGUGCAUCAUUUUCUCCUGUGGCCUGAUUUUGAACGGAGUCUGCUUGGUCCUGCUUCAGACUGGAUGAACACGUUCUCAGCAGCACUAAAUGCCCUGUUCCACUCUGUGAAAACCAGUGCGAUGCAGCACGGAGGAUGGCGUCUCCCAGGUAACCGAAACCCAUAACACUAACUAGCGUGCCUCCAUGGUGCAUUCCUGCUCGUGCUGAAACCAUCUAAGCAAAUAUGUGCUGAUGUUCUGUGUUUGUGCUUUGUUGGAGGGGAUUGGGGGCAUCACAGGUUAGAUGAGAUUUUGUUUUGUGCCCAUUCCCCCCUUCCUGUAAGAUUGCUUCAUUCACAUGCAUCCCUUACUGAAUGUCAUCCAGCGAGGGGAGGGGGGAGAAAUGUGUACAGCUUUUUCUGGAAUCUGGACAUUUCAAGUGAGGAAAUGUUUUUGAAGACUAUUCUGAAUGCCCUUUUCUAGUAGCUCGUUAAGUCUGUUGUAUUGCUCUGUUUUGGGAAUGGUUUAGAAAACGGGCUUUAAAGAAGAGGGGGGAUUUCAGCAUUAACAAAUAGUAUGGAUGCUAUGUGUACGUCUCACUGAAUCUCCACUGUUUCCCACUCUCUCUAAACUGUUGUGACGAUGCUUUAGCCCUGCUUAUUUUGUUAUAAGUACCGUGUAACCAGGGAUCCUUAACUGAACCACUAACAUCAUUUUCUGUUUGUGGCACGUGGGUGCAGAGGUGUGAUGAUGCUGCAGGGAAGGGCUGAUGCUCCUCCCGCCCACGCCUUUUUGCUGUACUUUGAGCCAUUAAGAGAGCUUAAAAAUGUGAAGAUGACAUGAAUAAAGAAAUAAACUACCAUUUUAUAACUUGUA